AUGAAAAUAUCUCUAGGAGAGGGCUUGCAAGAAAACUUCAACAAGCGCUACGGGUCCAGAGGAAAUGAUUUUUCUACUCUUGAAGACUUCAGUGAUCGAUUAAACAACUUCUAUACCACUUUGAUACUUCUUAUUCUUGUUAGCAUCACCAUGACUAACGUCUAUUUUCUGCGGCCCAUCUCCUGCACCGCUCCUUCCGCGCCUUCAGGUGGAUUUGGGAGCUAUGCGGAGUCGGUCUGCUGGGUACAAGGAACUAUCGGUCUUGGCAAAGACGAUAGCUUUCCCAGCAAUGAAUCGCAAUGGAACGAACUCCGACAAAGGGCUGAUAUAUCAUUCUAUCAGUGGGUGCCAUUCUGCCUUUCGGUUCAAGCCAUCCUUUUCUAUUUACCUCAUCUCAUUUGGCAAGCAAUGUCGGUCUACACCCUCGGUGACAAUCUCAAUUAUCUCAUCGCACAUGCGCAAACUGCCACAGCAAGUGAAGACUUGGGCACAAGAUCCAAGCUGGUUCAAGCAUGCGCUCACCACCUCUAUCUCCUUUCACGACAGCACAUGGAGACCCGAAAAUCCAGUUUCUCUCGACUUCAACACAAGGUACUCGCCUUUACCCAGUGUGCAAGUUUCUGUGUGUUUGGAAAGCGUCUGGGCAAUCGCACAGCUGUCCUAUAUCUGCUUGUCAAAGUUCUUUACAUCAUCAACUGCUUAGGACAGCUGUUCAUCGUAAUGCGGUUCCUGGGACCUGACAGUACCAGCCAGAGCAGUCUACGGGCUUUCAGUGAGCGUCUUUUCAACUUAGCAUCUCGUCGACAGGAGUGGGGAGGGAGUGACAUCUUCCCGCUUCAAGCCCUCUGCCCAAUUCGAAUUCCAAAUCUAGGGGUUCGAUCACAGCUCUACACUGCGAUCUGUGCUCUUCCGGUAAACAUGUUAAACGAGAAGAUUUACCUCUUCCUGUGGGUG